UCCAUAUAUUUCCAUUUAGAAUGACCAACUUCUAAUAUCAGUUGGCAAAAUUAUUAGAUGUAUUUAUGAUCAAAGUAUUCUUGAUGUUGUUAAUAAUAUUCAACGGGAAACAAACCAACAACUCGAGCUUUUUUUAGCUUCUUAUGCAUUUCAAUCAUCAGCACCACAUAAAGAUAUUGGCAAUCUCCUUCUUGAUGGAUUUUUUUCAUCGAAUGAAGAUAUUCUUGUUCCAGUAAAGCGAUCUCCAUCGAAUAAUCAUCUUUCAUUGAUUUCAUCGACAGAAGCUUUUUUGACAAAUUCUAAACAUAUUGAAACAUUUCUUCAUGUGCCUCUUGUUCCUUUUGCUAUUGGAAAAAAUAAUUUUUUUAAAGUAUUAAAAGACCGUCAAUGGAUUGAAGAAAUCGAUAAUGAAACAAUUUUAGUUAAAAUUCAUCAAUCAAUUUUUCUAUUUAAUGAAUUUAUUGAAUUACUUCGUUGGUUAUGUAAAUAUGAUAUUAAUAAUAAUAAAUCUUAUAUAAAAAGUGUUCUUUCAAAAAUACAUUAUCGUGAAACUCAUCAAUCAUCUGUUAUUAAAUUAAAAAAUAUUGAAUUUUAUAACACUCUAAAUAUAGGUUCUCUACCACUGCCACCAAAUGUAUUACCAUCCAAUAUAACUAGUCAUAUAUCUCAUGAAGACUUACAAACACGAUUAUCAUUAUCAACAAUAUCACCAAAGAAUUUUGUUCAAUAUUACCUUGAUGAAGAUCAACAACAACUUUUUCGUAAUGAGAAUACAUCUAAAAUUCUUCUGAGUGUUAUUUGUCAACAUUGGAACCAAUUCAAUGACACUGUAUCAAAUAAAAUAAAAAUUAUUUUAUCUAACAUGAAAUGUAUUCCAACAAGUCAAGGUAUGAAAUCACCAAAUGAGUCUUAUAUUCGAUCAUCAAAUUUAUCUCCUGAUUUACCUAUAAUUACACUUUAUAUUCCACAACUUGAACAAGAUAAUUAUCAAAAAGAAAAACAAGAAUCAACAGAUUAUCCAGUAUCAACUGAUUUUCUUAAAUCAAUUGGUUGUCGAACAAUUUAUAUAUCAACAUUAACACAUGCUUCACAUAUUGAAUCAAAUAUGUCAUCAAACGAUUCACAAACGCUUGAACAUUUCAUUCAAGAUUUAUUAAAACAACGUAAAAACAUGAGUGUCAAUGAUUUCUAUGCAUUAAAACAUAAUCAAUGUAUUGCAGGAACAACGUUAAAUUCAAAUGAUGAAAUGAAACGUAAAUAUAAACCUAGUGAUCUUCAUUUUCCAUCAGUAGCAAUUAAUCUUCAAUGGAAUGAAUUACUCAUAAUUGAUUGGAUAGAUAUUGAUCCACAUUCGCAAGAAUAUUCUUUUUUUAAAGAGCUUGGUGUGAGAGAAGUACCAGAUUUACAUGAAUUAAUUAAUCGAAUUGAUCAAGAACAUCAAAAUGGAUCAAAAAUAAAAUCAAAUUAUCAGUUACCAAAAGCACUUGUGUUUUUUGCAGAAAAUUUUCAAGAACAUUAUUCAAAAGAAUGGAAAAAGUCAAAAAUUGAAAAACCUUAUCUUCCAUCAUCUACUUUUCAUGUCAAUCAUUCAAAGAAAGUUAUAUUAACAACACCUGAACUUGUUUUUCAAAGACCAAGUCCAUUAUUUCCAUCUUUACUUCCUGAUGUAAUUCGAUGUUUUUCAAAAUAUUUUAAUAUUGACUUACUUGGUGUUAAAAAACAUCCUCCCUUAUCAGUAGCAUUUGAUGUACUAAUGGAAAAACGAAAUCAAUUAUUAACUUUUCAAACAGCUAAACAAUAUUUUGCUUAUUUUAAUACGCUAGAUGGUCUCAAUACAACAUUUAUUGAAUAUAUUUCAAAUAUUGCAUUUAUUCCUUUAUCAGAAAGCAAUAUCUUUUGUAAACCAUCUCAAGUAUUUAUUCAUUCAAAAAGUUCAACAACCGAUAAAACAUCUCAAGAUAAUAAUAAUAAUAUACUUGACGAUGAAGCCGCACGUGGUCUUAUCGAUUACGUAGAUUAUGGUGAUGAAGCUAAUUCAUUUCUUCUUAAUAUUGGAGUUCAUGAUUAUCCAUCAGUAGAAAAUCUUGCUGAUUUACUUAUUGAUCGACAAGCAACAUAUUUUAAUCGAAAUGAAGAUACUAAUGAUGAACUUCUAUCAGCUAAAGUACGUUUUUAUACAAAUUGUUUAAUACAAUUAUCGACUGUAUCAAAUGUAACACAACCAUUACGUAGUCGCUUAAUUAAUAAACCAUGGUGUUUAGCUUAUCAAACUCUUGAACAAUCCAAUGAAACUAAAGAUCAAACAUUUAAAAUUGCUAAACCAAGUGAUAUUUAUUUAGAUGAUGAUCAUCAAUAUACUAUUAAUCUUCGACCAUUAUGUGCACCUGAUGAACCACAAUUAAUUAAAUUAUAUGAAAACUUUGGUGCAAAAUGGAUAUCAGAAUGUGUUGAACGAAUUUUAAUAAAUCGAGGAAAAGUUAUUACAACGGAUAGAAGUAAAGAAUUACAUAAUCGAAUUCUUCAUCGUUUAGAUAUGUUAUUUGUUAAUAAUAGAGGAGAAUCUAUAAAACAUACUGAUAAAAAACGUAUUGAUUUAUUACGAAAACAACUCUGUAUUUAUGAAGCUGAAGGAAUUCAGUGGCAAUUAACAUUGCAAAAUAAAACAAUCAAAUUAAAUUCUACAGAAUAUAGUUCAUGUGCUCUUGAACAUAAAAAAAAUCAAGUAUGUUUAUAUAUUCACAAAGAUGUUUCUACUCUUGAUUACAUUGAUAUUGCUACUGAAUUGAUGAGAUUUGUUUGUAAAAAAUCAGUUGACAACACAUUAGUUCAUUCAAUCAGUGAUAAACUUGCUUCUCCAUUAGAAGCACUUAAACGACGUGGCAUUCCUGUUGAACGAUUAUUGAAAAGUGCAGAACAACAACGUAAUGUUAACAUUAUCUUAUUCGAUUUAUUAGAAAUUAAAAAAGAAUUUUUUUUUCUAGCGACUAAAUUGUUGUUACAAGUCGAGAAAACGAAACCAGAUAUUACACAUACAGUUGAAAGAAAUCGUAUUGAUAAUUUUGGACGAUAUAAAUCUGAAGAUGAUGCUGAUAUUAACAGAAUGAUUCAAGCAACUCGACCAUAUUCUCAAAUGGAAUUUGAUCAAACAGAACAUUUUAUAAAUGAAAAUAAUACAUCAUGUGAAAAUGUUCCAGCUGCAAAUAUGAUUCGCUAUAAUAAACUUCUUCAUGGAAUUCCUCUUUAUAUUGAUCAAAAUGUUAAAUUAACAAAAAUUUUGAUUCUUCAAGGUAAACAUCUUGCUUGGUUAUUAUCUGGUCUUGCAAAACAAGUAUUUAAUGUAUCUGUAGAAACAAUACAUUUGUUUCGUGAUAUUGACAGUUCUCGAAUUGCUUUCAAUAGUAAUGGUGCAUUAUUCUUCAAUCUUCGUUAUUUUGAACAAGUAUUUUUCGAUGAUCUCAAACCUUAUCUUAAAAAUUCAAUAUCAUCAUUAUCAUCAUCAACUCCUAUUGUUCGCACAAUAGUUAAUUUUUAUUUUAUGGUUACUUGUCAUGAAUUAUCACAUAAUAUUGAUUUAAAUCAUGAUUUAAAUUUUAUAAAUCAUCUUGAAAAGGUUUCUGUUAGAUUUAUGGAUGCAAAAGAUGCAUUUCUAUCUAGAUUCUCUUUUCAAUAA